AUGCGUGAGGAAGUAAUGUUCGAGGAGGAGGUUUCCUCCAUACCAUCAUUUCAUGGUGAUACCGAAGUCACCAGUGAGGAUGUUACUCGUCCCGAAGUUGUUCAUGGUAAACCUAUCAGUGAGUUCCAUCGUUUCACUCUGCUAUUUGCAGCACUUUUCGCCGGUAUAUGUGUAUCGGCAAUGUUUGGCUUUGGUUUGGUGGGGGCCUAUAUUCGUGAGCGUCACAACUUUUCACAAAAAGAACUAACAACUAUAACUACAGUUGGUUCUAUGUUUGGACAGUUUCUACUGCCCUAUGGCGCUCUGUUUGAUUUCGCCGGACCCAAGCCAGUUUUGUGUAUAUCCGUUGUUUUCUUUUGCCUGGGUACUUUACUCAUUGCGUUUACGUUUCUUGAUCAUAUUGAGGGAACUGUUGUAAAUUACUCUGUUUUUUACGCCAUUAUGAACAUUGGAUGCACAACCUUUGAUUUGGGUUCACUUGUUACGGUGCUCACGUGGUUCCCACGUAACCGUGGACACGUUGUGGGUCUUCUAAAGACAAUGACAGGACUUGGAAGUUCUAUUCUUUCAACUAUAUAUGUGUGUUUCUUCCUGGGAAAAUACACAGAUUUUUAUUUUUUUCUGACGGCUUUUGUGUUCGUAUUUGGCGGUAUGAACCUCAUACUUCAGGAACUACCACCGUACCAUCUUGUGGGUUGGCAAAGGUGGCGCUAUUCAAAGGAAAAAAAAGAAGAAUUGGAGCGCACAGAAGAUGUUUUUUUGUUACAGAAACCUCCAAUAUAUCGCUUCUAUUACGGUUUGGUCGUGGUUUUGCUAAUUCUUGUGAUUCUCUUUUCCGUCAAUUUUGUGGUUGCUUUCGUGAACGUUAACCAAGAAACACGUAUUGCUGUCGCCGUUGUGACUAUUGUUCUUGUGGCUUCUACGGUUGGUAUCUUGAUUCCGCUACCGUUUGCAUCUUGUACGUUCAGAAAAGAGAAACUGGCACGGGAGCGCAUUACAGAGGUGGUUUCUCCGCCGUAUGUUACUUCUUUCUGGCGGAACCUUCUCACACCAGAUCUAUGGAUUCUUUUCUUCGUUGGAUUCUGUGUGGAGGGAGCAGAACUUGUGGUGAAUGAUAAUGUUCCACAGAUCUACGAGGCUAUCGCCGAGAGCUUUGAUGAGCGUCUUAACACGUUGUACGUUUCCUUGCAUGGUCUUGGCAGUGGCCUUGGGCGAAUACUAAUGAGUUUUUAUGAAGUACGUACACAACGCGGUGCUAUCAAGGAACGUACUCUUAUCACCACUUCAUAUUUCGUUGCCCCAGUACUCAUGAUAAUCGAAUACAUUCUCUUCUUGACAGUACCUCCUAAUGGUUUGGCUGUCCCAUUUUUCUUGAACGGCUUUGCGAAUGGUUGUUAUGCUGCGGCCAUAGCAUUAACAGUACGUACGCUCUACUCACGUGAUGUGGCAAAACACUACAAUCUUAUGUCUGUUGCUACUAUGCUGGCGAUUCUCAUUCUUAACCGUUUCACCUUUGGUGAGCUCUAUGAUCGGUAUGUUGAUGUGGCUACUGUGGGAGAGGGCGGUAAAUGUCAUGGACGCAUUUGCGUUCGUGACGUAUUUAUUAUUAUGCUUUCACUUACGGUUUUGGGGCUGAUACUGACUGGAUGGCUGCACAUUCGAUACCGUCGCUACGUACAGGCAAAAUUAUCGGGGGCAAUGGAGUCUUUUUCAGCGGAAGUGCCAGAAAAACAGCCAAGCAUUAAGAGCAAGAAAAGCAGUACUUUACCUGAAGACGAAUUAAGCAGUGGGAAAGCAGUGACAUCUGGAGAGGAACCACUUCAAGGAGAUAACUCCGAAGACCCAGAAAAAAGUACGUGUCCUAAUGCACUUACCCCGUAA